AUUGUGAUGUCAGAGCCCCGCCUCCCGCCCUCACAGCCCCGCCACUGCCCAGGGGGCCUUCCCUCCUAGUCCAGAGAGGCAGCCAGAGGGGACGAUGGGCUCCCACUGUGCCAAGCUUGGCACGGGCCACAGCCGGGGCCACGAGUCCUCGAUGAAGAAGCUCGUGGCCUGCGUGAGUCAGGACAACUUCUCCUUGUCGUCGGAGGGCGAGGAGGAGGAGGAGGAGGAGGAGGAGGAGGAGCCGGAGGAGCAGGAGGAGGACGUGGACGAGGAGGAGGAGGAGGAGGAGGAGCUCCCGGUGCAGGGCCAGCUGCUGCUGAUGGAGCCUGAGCGGCGGGGGGAGAGCGAGGAGGAGGAUGCGGAGGACCAGCAGGGCCCCGAGCCCAGGCAGACCAAGCAGACCGUUCCUGACCUUCCUGAUCGUUCCUGACCCGGGGCCUGGUGACCCAGGAAGAGGUUCCUGCCGCUGCCGCAGAGAGAAAGACUUUCAGAAAAGAGUCAAUAAAGAGUCU